GAGGGGUUUUGUCAUCAUUUCUUUGAUUUUGUUGCCAUUUGCUUAAGAUAUUCUUGGUAAAAAUCUCUUUUUUAUCAGAUUUGGGAUUGUUUCGUUCUUUUUUUUCCCCCCACGAAUUAUGUGGUGAUCCUGAGAUAGGAAGUAGGGGAGAGUUGGAACGGGCCUAAAAAUUAGAUUUUUGAUUUGAUGUAGUAGUUAAUAAGCUGAUCUUAUGGAAUAAGAAUGUUUUGGUCUUGAGUGAAGCGUCCUUUUUCCUUCUUGGAAAGCUCUAAAUUCUUAUCUUUCCUCUUCUUUUGUGAAGAGAUGCUAUGUGUCUUAUGAUGUCUUGGAUGUGCAGAAAUCAGAGGACUUUUCGACCCAAGAAAAAUGCUGCAUCUGGCAAUAAGGGUACACAACUGAAAGGGCAUAUUGAUACAACCUUGGGCAGUGGGAACUUAACAGAGGCUGUUCGCUUACCUCCUGGAGUGGAUCGCAAUGAAUGGCUUGCGGUUAAUAUUGUUGACUUCUUCAAUCAAGUGAAUAUAUUGUAUGGCACUCUGAUGGAAUUUUGCACACCAACCACCUGCCCAACGAUGUCAGCAGGACCAAAGUUUGAGUAUAGAUGGGCUGAUGGAGUUCAAAUAAAAAAACCCAUAGAGGUCUCUGCACCAAAAUAUGUAGAGCAUCUGAUGGACUGGAUUGAAGCUCAGCUUGAUGAUGAAUCUAUAUUUCCUCAAAAACUUGGGGCACCUUUUCCUCCCAAUUUCCAAGAUGUUGUUAAAACGAUAUUUAAACGUCUUUUUAGGGUGUAUGCUCAUAUCUAUCACUCUCAUUUUCAGAAGAUUGUGAGUCUCAAGGAAGAAGCUCAUCUCAAUACUUGCUUCAAGCAUUUCACUUUAUUCACAUGGGUAAGUUUUCCUACUUGGUUGUUUUAUUCUGUGCCUUCUGUAUUUGAUGCCUUGAUUUACAUACACGAGAUUUUUUUUUAAAAAAAAUCAUUUUUUGCAAUUUUUAUCAGUGCUGGCCUCAUCUAUGAUCCGUACUACCCACUGAAUUGCACUUGGAUUCUUUCUUGAGUUAAAACCCAGUGAACAUUAUUGGGUGAUCUCAAUGCUUUGAUUUCAAAGCAACUUUUUAAUUAUUUUGUUCAUGAUGCAAAUAUCUUGUCCUUUGUGCAAGCUUUUCACUUUCUGGUUUGAACUAAUGCUGAUCUCUUGUGGUCAAUGAUCACAGAAGUGAUGUGUAUAUAUAGAUCAAGAAGUGCCUUCAGGUCCAGUUUAUGAAAUGUUGCAUGUGUUACUUCAAUCUCUCGGUGCUGUUCGUCUGAUGUGUUUUGUGAUAUAGGAGUUCUGCCUGAUAGACGAGCGGGAGCUUGCGCCACUCAAUGAUCUCAUUGAGUCGAUUGUCCUUGCAUAUUAAGGAAGCAUGACUGCGAAUGAUGGAUGAAGAGCUACUGAAUAGGAAUUUUUGAUAUAGCACAGGGAUUCUAUUUCUUUUUUUUUUUUGCUUUUUUUUUUAAUCCAAAACUAUUCUCACGUUCAUGAUUAUGAUUCUGAAUUUAUUGUGAUGAGACUCAAUUAAUUGACUUUUAGUUGGUCUGUUUGUGUGCUGUGUGCUCUUUUAUCUGUACUGCUGCUCUUGUACUGCUCUGUAAUUAUGUGACUGUAAUCAGUAAUUUUGAUCAUUAACCCUAUUAUUUGUACUCUUGGCUCUCUCUUUAUCAAGAGUUCUAGUUUCCCAUUUGUUCCAUUUGGUAGUUCAGAAUGUAAGUAAAAAGAACAUUGGUUGAAAGGUUUGAGGAGAAUCUUCUUUUCCAAAGUUUGCUAAAAAAAUAGAAAUUAUGCCAAAAGGGAGAAAAUUAAAGAUCAUCAUCUUUUAAUGCGAGGGUAAUAUUAUUUUUUCUCUAUUUAGGUAGAGAUAUACUCUUAUAUCCGAUCCAUUCACUUAAUGGAUUGGACUGGUCCCAAUUUGAAGGCGCCAGAAGCUAAUUUUGGUUGGUUUGCAAUUUUUGUUGGGAGUAUUGAGUCUUAUUUAGGAAUUAGGACAUAAUAGGAGAUUUAGUUUUGGAUAUUGCUGGGUCAAAAUCAGAUUGAGCACUCAAGUCAACUGGAGACAUCUGCACCCCUUUGAAACAUGUCUUUAGGAGGUCGAGCUUAUCGGUAUUGUGCUGGUUUGAGCCUGCCUGAAGCAUUGUGCAUUACCUUGGAGAUUGUAUGCUCAGAUGCAUUAGGGUUCAUUAAUACAACAGCAACCUUUUUUCUUUCCCCCCUCUGUUUUUUAGUUGGUUAGAACAAACAACCGUCGCCUUGCUGUUUACAUUUACUUCAAAUUUGAUAAUUGAUGGAGUCAAGCUUAUUGUUCUAUAUGCAUAUUCUUCAAAAAUAAAAAGAGAAUAUGUCUUCUCCAAAACACUUGUCUUCUUUAAAUAGAAAAAAAGCCAUCAGUGGCUAAUAUUUCCAUGUCAGAAGCUUAAACUUUGCUGACAAGACACAUCAAUAAGGAGAUAAUCAGGUAUAAUCAAGCAGAAGUAUAUAUUUUGUGGAUAAAGAACCAAACUUUCAUGAAGCUCAUCAAUAAAAUCCCUGGGAUUU